AUGGAGCGUAGUCCUGCAAUUUCUGCCCUUUUUCACCUAAGAAUGAUUUCUCUCGUGAUUUGUCUUGGAGCUACAGAUAUUUAUUUUAUACGUAAUGCUUAUCAUGCCACAGUACAAAAUGGUGCAUCGGUUCAAAUUGUAUUUGGAUUUGAGUAUGCCAUUUUGCUAGCUUUGGUUAUCACAAUUGCUAUGAAGUACUUGUUACAUGUUAUUGAUUUACAACACGAAAGUCCAUGGGAAAAUAAAGCAAUAUAUAUUUUAUACACCGAACUCGUUACAAAUUUUAUUCGCGCAGCACUGUACUCUUUAUUCUUUAUUGUUAUGGUAAAAAUUCAUGCUUUUCCACUCUUUGCUAUUAGGCCUUUGUACUUGGCCUUAAGGUCAUUUAAGAAAUCAUUACAUGAUAUUAUUUCUUCUCGACGAGCUAUUACAAGCGUUAUGACUCGAUGUCCUGAUGUUACUCCGGAGGAGUUGGCAAAUAUGGAUAAUGUUUGUAUAAUCUGUAGAGAAGAAAUGACGACAGACUGUAAAAGAUUACCAUGUAACCAUGUUUUCCACAUAAGUUGUCUAAGAUCCUGGUUUCAGCGCCAGCAGACUUGCCCAACAUGUCGUAUGAAUAUUUUACGGGCAACUAUGCAACAGCCGGAGGUACAGCAGCCUCAGGCAGAAGAAAAUGUUCAACAAAAUCAGCAACAAAAUCAGCAAGAUCAACAAGGUUAG